GAACGCCUGCUCGGGGACCUUGUCUGUCACCAUUGAUGGCCCCUCCAAGGUGCAGCUGGACUGUCGGGAGUGUCCUGAGGGCCACGUGGUCACUUACACUCCCAUGGCCCCUGGCAACUACCUCAUUGCCAUCAAGUACGGUGGCCCCCAGCACAUCGUGGGCAGCCCCUUCAAGGCCAAGGUCACUGGUCCGAGGCUGUCCGGAGGCCACAGCCUUCACGAAACAUCCACGGUUCUGGUGGAGACUGUGACCAAGUCCUCCUCAAGCCGGGGCUCCGGCUACAGCUCCAUCCCCAAGUUCUCCUUGGAUGCCAGCAAGGUGGUGACUCGGGGCCCUGGGCUGUCCCAGGCCUUCGUGGGCCAGAAGAACUCCUUCACCGUGGACUGCAGCAAAGCAGGCACCAACAUGAUGAUGGUGGGCGUGCACGGCCCCAAGACCCCCUGUGAGGAGGUGUACGUGAAGCACAUGGGGAACCGGGUGUACAAUGUCACCUACACUGUCAAGGAGAAAGGGGACUACAUCCUCAUCGUCAAGUGGGGUGACGAAAGUGUCCCUGGAAGCCCCUUCAAAGUCAAGGUCCCUUGAGUCCCAAAAGUGCCUCCCCAGCCUCAGCCCCCACCUCCAGCCAAACACAUUUUACACACACACACACACACAAAUGUGCCACACCCAGACACAUGCACAGAAUCAGACACUACAAACACCUGCCU